AUGGCGUCCUCACCCUCACCCUCCUCCUCCCGGCUGGAAUCCCUCCCAGUCGAAGUCCUCCAAUUAAUCUUCCUCCACAGCCUGGAAAUAAACCUCCCACGCGCCUCACCAAUCCUCUCCCACGCCCUAUCCAACCAACUCCUCUACACCUGGCUGAUCCGACUCGCAUUCAGCAGCACAAACCCAGGCUCCUCCCGUGCCAACUUUUUCACCCCAGAUUUCCUGCCCCCGCCACUUGACUUCUGGUCCUUGGGCACGGAAGAGCGAGCGGGUCUCCAAACAGCAUUGUUAUCAUGCAAAUGGUGCACAUUACCUCUAUUCCGCAAAUGUCAACGCGAAUACGUACACCACGCUAUCGCGCGCCAAUCGAAAAUGCUCCGAUUCGCUCCGGCGGACCGCGAAAUUCUGGAUAAUCUGGACUCGCUCUUUGAUGCGAGUGUUGGUGAUAACUUCAGUUCUUGCGAUAAAGCUCUCGAUGGGAGGAAAGGGAAAGGAGACAUCGUCAUUCCGGCACUACAAUCAUCACCAUCCGAAUUACUAGUAUCAUCACUGUCUUCUUCUUCGACUUCUUCAACCACCGGCACUGGCACUGGCACUGGCACUGGCACUGGCACUACUAGUACCACCCUAAACAAAACCCAACCUCAAAACCAAAACCUAAAACUAGCAAUAUGGCUAAACUUCGGCGCCAUCCAAAUCCGCUCAAAAUCAGAAAUCUACAUCCCAACCAACCAAAACAUCUACCGCCUCCCAUCACCCUCCCACACCCUUCACCCAGCGCCCAUACCCUCCAAACUCCUCCGCAGUCCCUGGUCGCCUGCCCAAUUCGAAUUCCUCCAACUCCUAGCCCCGGACUUCUAUCUCGAUGAAGAUGAACACGCGGCCGAGCGUAGUAGUGCUAUUACGACUCGGCUUAUUCGGCAGAGGCGUAUUGAGCCGUUUCGGGUUUUGAUAGGGAUGUAUUUUCGGGCGAGGAAUUGUCGGGUUCAUGUGAGGUGGCCUUUGAGGGAGGUACAUUUUGGAUUUAUUGUGAGGCUUUCGCGGGUGGGAAAUGGUGGUGCUGGUGUUGGGGAGGGGGAUCCGUUUGCGAGGGUUGUGCUUGAUGAGCGGUGGGAUGAUAUUCCUGCUGAGGUUAAGGAGGAUUUGUUGAGGGUUGUUGGGUGA